AUGGGCAACACACACUCCAAUUCGAAUGCCCGAAUGGCGGGCAUCGGCAACCUCGUCGCAGAGGUUGGCAAUGACAUUCAGUACGACAAGGGCAUUGGAAAUUCGCGCUUUCUCCGAGCUGUGCGCGCCAGACACAAGCUUGGUCCGAUCGUUGUCAAAGCCUUUGUCAAGCCGGACCCUUCGAUCAGCUUAAAGAGCCUGGUCAAGCACAUUCGCAUCGAGCGAGAGUCGUUGGCGGACGUCCCCAACGUCCUGACCUAUCAAAAGGUGGUGGAAACCGAGCGUGCCGGCUACCUGAUCCGACAAUGGCUGCAUAGCAAUCUUUACGACAGGAUUAGCACGCGGCCUUUCCUCAGCGCGGUCGAAAAGAGAUGGAUCACCUACCAGCUGCUGCACGCUAUGCGAGAUACGCACGACCGCGGCAUCGCGCACGGCGACCUCAAAUGCGAAAACAUCCUCGUCACCACCUCUUUGAUGAUCUACAUCACCGACUUUUCAUCCUCCUUCAAGCCAACUUUUGUACCGCUCGACGACCCGUCCGACUUUUCCUUCUUCUUUGACACUUCGGGUCGACGAACGUGCUACCUGGCGCCUGAGCGCUUCUACGAGGCCGGCUCCAAAUACACUUCAGGAACGACUGGUGGGGCUGCCAACGACUCGGAUUCGCUGGACCAUCUCGGUAGCGUCCAGGCAGACCUGCUUGGGCUUGGGCGGCAGAGUGGCAAGGUCACGCAAGCCAUGGACGUCUUCUCGCUUGGCUGCGUCAUCGCUGAGCUCUGGCGAGAAGGUGCGCCCACGUUCACUCUGAGCCAAUUGUUCAAGUUCCGCGAAGGAAUGUUUGACAUCGACUCGAUGCUCGCUGGUAUUCCCGACGACCACGUACGCGAGCUUGUGAGAAGCAUGAUCUCAUUGAAUCCGAUGGACCGCAAGACGUUCGCACAGUACUUGAAGGACGGCCGAGGAACUGUGUUCCCAACGACGAUUCCCGACUUUUUCCACGAGUACUUGGUCCAGCUCCAGCGCACCUCACCUGCUUUGCUCAGCAACGCGAACGGGGCUGCAGGCGCCUCGUCUGUUGAGAGCACAGCAAGUGGCUCGAAUGCCUCUGUCACUGCGGCCUCGAUGCGAUCGGAUGCCGCCAACCGGCAGGCACACCGAGCCGAGAGCGACGAACGCAUGGAGAAGCUCUACGAGGAAUGGUCCGACAUCAUUCCCUUCUUCGACGACGUGGCCAUCCGGCCCAGCACCUCGACGCCGUCCACCAGUGCUGGGGGAAUCUCGGCACGCUCGGACGGUGUCUUGGGACGCUUUGCUUACAGGUCGAGCUUUCAGCCGUCAGCAGAGGAGGAAGAUCCUGAAUCAGAGCGGGGCAACGCAGGCGAUGCAGAGGAUACCUACCCUGUCCAUCUGUGCGUUCCUGGCAUCGCGCCGCAGCUAGCCUUGCUCGAGGGCGGCGGGGCAGAGGUAGAUGGCGCAGCGCAACUGGUGCUUUCUGUCAUCCUCGCUAAUUUGCGCAACUGCAUUCGACCAUCAUCUAAAUGCCAUGCCCUCGAGCUUCUCAUUCAUCUCUCUACUCGAUGGCUCACGGACGAGACCAAGCUCGAUCGCGUCCUGCCCUUCGUCAUGUCACUCUUUGACGAUCCGUCUUCGCAAGUAAGAAUGGCCGCGAUCCGCAGCUGCGUGCAGACGCUGAUGCUGGUCAAGAUCGUCACGCCCUCGAAUGCGUCCAUCUUUCCCGAAUACAUUGUGCCCAACAUCAAGCAGCUUGGUCUCGAUCCAUCCACGCCGGUGCGAUGCACGUUUGCCGCUUCCAUCGUGCCCUUGGCUGAGACGGCCGAACGCUUCCUGCAAAUGUCUCAGGCCAUGCGAGCUGAGGGCCUGUUUGCGGUUGAGCGCGAUCUCAAUGGUGGCUUCAUCGACGACCAGCCCAACGAGUCUAACUAUGACGAGCAGCUUCGAAUGUUUCAGACGCUGCUGCAGGAGAUCAUCGUCACGCUUCUCACAGAUCCAUCUGCAUCAGUUAAGCGUGCGCUUCUCGCCAGCAUAGCGCCUCUAUGUCGCUUCUUUGGCAUGGCCAAAACCAACGACGUCAUGCUGAGCCACAUGAUCACCUACCUCAAUGAUCGCAACUGGCUGCUCCGAGACGCGUUUUUCGAUAUCAUCGUUGACGUCGCCCAAGUGUCGGGCAAUCGCAGUCUCGAAGAGUACAUCUUGCCACUGAUGACGCAGGCGCUCUCGGAUUCGGAGGAGAAUGUGGUCUAUCGCGUCGUCAAUGGGCUUCGUGCCAUGACGGAACGCGACCUGCUGGAUCGCGCACGGCUGCUGACACUGCUGGAGACCACCAUGGGCUUUCUGUGCCAUCCCAACCUGUGGUUGCGGCAGGCGUCUGCAGGUUUCGUCGCGGCAGCAGCGGCAAAGCUGGACGACGUGGAUGUCUGGGCGAUCCUGUAUCCAUCUUUGCGUCCGCUGCUGCGUACGGAUGUGCAAGAUUUGUCUGAGAUCACCCUGCUCGAUACCGUGAAGGCACCUCUCACUCGGCCCGUCUAUUCAGCAGCGCUCGCAUGGGCAUCUCAAGCGUCAAACUCGGCGUUCUGGAAGGGUCAAGCCGAAGGCAAGGAUCAAGCUGGCCUCAAGAAUGGACUCGCCACCGAAGGGGUGGGACUGUUGCUGGGCAAGAGCGGCCGCGAGUUGAUUGUGCCAGCCAGAGGUCGCACCGAGGAGGAUGACCGCUUCCGUGACAAGCUGAGGAGCAUGGGCAUGGAGGACGAGGACGAGGUCAAACUCGUGGCUCUGCGCAGCGUCAUUCGCCGUCUCUCGAAGCAGGGCUCCAAGCUUAAUUCCGCGCAAGCCGAUUGGGACUUGGCUGGCGCGCCCAGCACUGCGGAUGGUCUCUCUGGAGAAGGCGCCCGCUCACAUCCAAAGGCCAUCAUCGAGCCGCAGUCGCUGGACGGCAUCACCCCGCAGACCAUUUUUUUCAGUACCAGAUCCGAGCAGCGAGCGACGCCUCUAGCAUCCGAAGGCGCCAGCACCCACACAGGCACGCUCCGGUCACAGGACGACGCCUCGUUCUCGGCGCAAGUUGCCAAACGAAGGCUGCUUGGACAUCGCACCUCGAGCGAGAGUUCUUUCAGCAGCCCGAUUGCAGAGCUGAGACGGCGCGUGAAUGCAGGCAACGCCGCAGAGUCGCAGCCCUCCACACUAUCUACGCGCCUUUCGAGCCUCGCUGAGGAAAGCGCGCAGAGCAAGCAUCGCGUGAAUGCGGGUAUCAUACCUCCCAAUCCACUACCUCAGCAGACGCAGACGAGACUGGGAGUCGGAAAGGCAAGCGCGGCUGUAGCUUCUACUGCGCUGACAGCGACCGGAACAAUGACCGAGACCUCGGCUCGGGCUCGGGCCCAGCACGCAGCCGCAGCUCAUGGAUCGUCUAGGCCCACACCAGCUGGUUCGCGCACCUCAACAGUGCGAGGUUUGGGUGGUGCCGGCGAUGCUGGAAAGCUCGGAGCUGCUGCUGGCGUAGACGGUGGGUCGAGCGUUGGCUUUACGAGUACCUACGACGGCAAUGACCCCUACAUCCGCGCCCACCUCGAGGCAGUGUACUUGGACUCGUUCCGCGAUCGUCCUGAGCUCGGUCCCAGAGUGCAUGCUGGUGUGGCUCGUCGAAAGGGUGGCGCGCCGUGGAAUCGCACAUCGACGCUUCCUCGCGCUCCCACUUCAAGUGCGAGCAAACGUCGACCAGAGGGGAGGCUGAUCGCGUACUUCACGGAACACUCGGCUGCAGUCACUUGCCUUGCACUCUCGCCGGACCAUGCGUACUUUGUAUCUGGUUCUCAGGAUGGUACGCUCAAAGUGUGGGACACGGCUCGGCUGGAGAAGAACGUGACGUCCAAAUCUAGAGCCACCUACUCGGCGCAGAAGGGGGCCAUCACCGGUGUGAUUGCGAUCGAAGCAAGUCACUGCGUCGCUUCGACGGCUACCGACGGCUCGCUGCACGUUUGGAGGAUCGACAUGAUCCAAUCGAAGGCUUCGGUACCGCGGUACGGCCGGCCGAAGCUCGUCUCGAACUUCCAGCUCAGCACGCCGGAUGAGUAUGCGACGUGCUUGGUGCAGAGCAGCAACGAGACUUCAUCGCACCUUAUUCUCGGCACGACGCUGAGCCGGCUGACCAUCUUGGAUCUGCGGACGAUGCAGGUGCUGCAGACGCUUCGGAACCCAGUCGAGUUUGGGCCGAUUACGUGCCUUUGCGUGGAUCGGAAGAAGACAUGGCUGCUGGUGGGGACUUUGUCGGGUGUGGUGUGUCUUUGGGAUUUGCGAUUUGGCUUGCGGCUGCGGGCGUGGCGUGUGGGGCCGGAGGAGGCGGGGACGCUGUACAGGGUGAAUCGGAUUGCGAUCCAUCCGUCCAAGGGGAGGGGGAGGUGGGUUUUGGUUGCCUUUGAAAAGGUUGGCGAAGGGGGGGUGGAACAUCGAGAGGAUCAUGUCGAGCAGCCUGAGGUGCUGGUGGAGACGUGGGACGUGGAUCGAGGGAUGCGCGUCGAGACGUUUGAAACGCAGCAGGAGGGUACGUUGUCCGUGUCGACUGCGAGGCGAAGUACAAAGCUGCGACAAGUGCUCGGCACCACCGACACGCGCGUGGUGACAUCCAAGAAGAACGCAGAGAUGGACGACGGUGGCGGUUCCAGCCGCAACGUGGUGAGAGGCGUGUCAAAGAGCAGACACGAUUCGAUGCUGACUGGAGCCGCCGCUGCGAUCGAGAAACUGCUCCAGCAGCAACAGAACCAGUCUCAGGCGCCACUAAACGCUGAGGCGGAUGCAAAUGCAGCAACCCUAGACCCGUUCAGCUCUGCGCCGCCCAAGACCGGCACUUCCAGCGCAGCUCGUGUGCAGAGCUGCGCGGUCAAGGCGCUGUUUGUCAGCCUCGAGGGGUAUUCGAGCUCAUCGCUCUCGAACGCCUCUUCUGCGACGUCGUCGGGGGCGGCGGCAUCAGCCAAGAAAGCAAAGACGAUCGAGCCUGCAGCAGCAGCAGCAGCAGCACGAGAUGCUGCCACCGACAUCGGCGAUGGCACGGAGACGAUCCACGCCGAGACGGGCGGGGGCUGGCUGGACGUCGGCAAGCUGACACGUGCCACUGACCGCCUGUCGGUCGCUCCUGCCUCUGCAGGGCAUCCGUCUGCAGCUGCAAGCGUGGCAACGGGGGUGGACAAUGGAGGCGGCAGCGGCCCGGGCGGGUACAUGAUUUCGGCGGGCUCGGACGCUCGGUUGCGGUUCUGGGACCUGGGCAAGCCGGAGCGGAGCUUGAUGUUUGGCGUUGCGCCGCGCGUUGUCGCCUCGCACACCCGGUCCGCGGCGGCCGGCGGCGGAGGAGGCGGGGCGAUGACGGCUGUGGAGCCCCGAUCGGAGUUCCGCACGGUCAGCGAGGCCGGCGCGCCGGCGAGGGUCGUUCACUCGGUAUGGUUCGACCCGGACGACGACGCAGCUCGAGCGGCGUCGACGAGCCGGCUCAAGUCGCCGCUGCUGGCGAACCAGACGGCGCUGUACGCACACAUGUCACGGGCGCACAAGGACGCCGUGACGGACGUGGUGGUCAUCGAGGCGCCGUUCCGGUGUGUGGUCGCGGGGGAUCGGAGCGGGUGUAUCCGUGUAUGGGAGUGA